UUUUUUUGUUCGUAUGGUUAUUGCUUUAUACUAUUUGAAAGAAAAUCUACAUUUUUGGUAUGACAAAGAAACACACGAAACACCAAUAAUUUUCAUAAAUUCUCAAAUCACCCCCUUAAAUGAAUGGGAUUAUUAAUGUUGUGUAUAUUCUGUUUAGGAGCUUACUUCUGUUGCUUCCAAAAAAACAGAUAGGUUCAAUGUAGCUAUCGAUAUGCAUGACUUUGUUGGUCAUGAUCUUUUAAAUACAACAAAAUUGUACAAAUUAGUUAACAAAUGAAAUAAAUCAUUUGAAGGGAGAAAACCUCAGAGGUAAAAAAAAUAAUUCUCCGUGCAGUCUUUUUGGCUUUCUAAAACUGGCUGUAAUUGACACCAAAAACAAAUGCAUUAAGUUGAAGUAGAGUCAUUUGAAACAGGAAGCUUUUAUGUAUUAUUAAUGUCAAGAUGUUUUCAAAUUUUCAUUUGUGGUGAGACUGCAACCUGAGCUUUCCUCUUCAGAAGUCCAUUAUUGUGGAUUCUAACCUCUCUCAAUAGUCGUAUUCAUUGUGGCUGUAUAGGUAUCACUGAUUUUUCCUUUCUCUUGUUUUAUGUCAUGUGAUCUUUAAAGAACUGGGAAAUUUAUUUCACAAUCUGCCGCAAAAAAAGAAAAAUGAUUCCUUGACAAGAGGCAGCAACUGUAGUGAGCUGUUGUGCAAAGCAUGUUGGGAUAAUUAGAGCUAUUUGGUCCAGCUGUAUAAAACCAUGAUAACCCAUGACCAGCUUUUAAUGUAAAACAUUUCACAAUACAAGUACAAUAAAAUAUAAUCUCUUCAUAACAUAUUUUCUCACUGUACUGCUGGAUAAGAAGGUGCUGGUAUAAUUUUAAAGAACACCAGAUUGCCUUGUAGAUGUCUUGCGAUAAGUGAGAUAAUGAGUGAUAAUAGCUACAGUGUUGAUAAUAAUGACCACAAGUCCUGUAAGUGAGAGAUUCUGUUGAUUCACACACACACACACACAGUAUCUGCCAAUAGUACACACAUUGAGGGUCUAAUGCAUGAUAAUUACAAUGACGACAAAGAAAUGGGGAAAUAUUGGAUGUGAAGUUUUGAUUCAUACAGAUGCACUUGGUGAAGUCCAUUAGGCUUGAAAACAAUCUUCUUACAAUGAAGGCAACUGAUACAACUGAGCAAUUACCCUCAGGACAGCACUCAAAAUGUUGACAUUGUCUUAUCUUGUUUAGUUAUAUAUAUAUGAUAGUUGACUAUGACUAAAACACAAUGAAAUUUGUUUUGGUCUUGUCAAACCUUAAAUACUUGAGUUGAAUUGCUUUAUCCUUGCAAAAGUUCUCUUACAAUGAGAUCACAACAAUAUAGCAAAAUAAAAACAUGAAAAACAUGUGUCAUUGAUAAACUUUUUGCUCUAUAUAUCUCAAAGGAGAAAACAUUAAUAUACAGUACACAGUGUUUUAUUGUCACUGAUUAUGGAUGUGGAAGAAAGAGAUGGGUUAGAGGUCUCUUAGCAACUGUGCAUGCUCACACCAGCCAGCUAAAGACUGAUGUUUAACAUCAUACAUCUUAGAUGGCUGUUUUUUUCCUAGUGCAGCAAUUACUCUUUCUCAGAGUUCAAUAGAAAAACAUGUUAAAGUUAUUUCACAUUAUCAAAGCUCCAGGCAGGGUUUUUCAGGGGAACUCGGACUCUUGUGAACCGAUGCAGAAAUGUUGAACAGAGAAAAGUUAGAGUUGGAUUCUUGGAACAUCCUCAAGGCAGUGAGAGAAAUGAAUUUGCGAAUGAAUUGAUUCAAUAUUGUGCUUUUCGUGAGAAAAUCUUUGUGACAUUACUGAAGGGCAACAUGUGUGCAUGUACAGUAUUUCAGCUUGAAUAAAUCAUCUUAUUUGUACUAAUGAGUGUCAAUAGGGCCUCUGUGUUGUCAUAUCCUCAGUAUCUACUCAGUACAAUGAUGCUCAUGUCUUCCUUGUAGUUUUUACCAAACAUCACAUGAUAUAUUUGCAACACUGUAUUAGUCCCCAUAUGGCUUAUCUGGAGCCUACUAUGGCAAUCAUGUAUGCACUACUGCAUCCUCUCCUUCAGUCUACACUAUGUUUCUCUCAUCUGAUGACAGUAAACAAAAUCUAUCUCUCCUGCAUGCAUGAAGACCCUCCUUUUCAAAAGGUACCAUAGGUUUGUCUACAUUUGUAAUUAAUAUAGUUAACUAAUAUAGUUAAUGUCAUGGUUCUUUACUGACAUAUAAUUCACAUGGCACAUGGCAGUGGAAAGAUGCUUUUAUGCUACUGUAGCCACCUGACCAGCAUAAACAGCACUGAACCAAACCAAUUAGUAAGUAAAAAGAACAAGCUAAACAUCCAAAAAAUUUUCUCAGAAGUUGCUGGAGGCCAACAGAGAUACUGGACUUAUAUUCAUCAAGUUGUCAGAAACAACUCCAGUUGCCCAUGUUUCUCUGUGAUUGCAGGGUGUGUUAGUCAUUUGUUUGUUAGUCAUACUGAUAUAUUAUUUUUUAAUUAAUUUCUUUUGGACUUUUAUGCCUUUGACAGUUGAGAGAUGACAGGAAACAAGGGGAGAAAGAGUUUGGGAGUGACACACAACAUGUCUGCUACGGAAAUGAAUUGCAGACAUUGCGAUUAUGAUGUAUGAGUCGUAACUAGUCGGCUACCGGGGCCCGCCAGCCAGCCGUAUUGGUAUAGUAAGUCAAUAGGUCCUGAACUUACACUGACUUCACAAAGCUAUUUUACAAGUUGGGAAACAUAAGCUACUCAUUAGUAAAGUUUCAGACUACAUUAGUAGAAAAAAGUACAGCCAUUAUGCAUUUGGCCAUUGUCUUGGUCAUAUAAACCAAGUCACAGCCAAAUGAAGCCUAAUUUUAUGUUGCUUUAUAUUGCGAGACAGGGUUUCUUUGAAGCUGAACUCAAGUGGCCACUUUUUAUCUGUCAUUUAGCUUAUUUUUGUUUUUUGUUGUUGUUGUUGUUGUUUUCAUUUCCUCAGUAGGAAAAUCCAGCUAAAGCCAAGCUGAGGUUAAGGAUAGAGGAUGUUAUUUUGGGCAAGUAAACAACUGAGAAAGGGCAGUAUGUGGUCACACACGUCUAAUGCCCUUAUCUUCCAAUUGUAACCAUUUUGCCCUCUAGAGCUAAGGAGAGGCGGAUGGAAACUAGUCGUAGUAAAUAUCAGAUUCACAAGGAAUAAAUUAAUUUAACAGUGUUGUUUAUGCCUUUGUGUCCACCCUCUCAGUCUGUGGAGCAAGAUCACUCAAAACUCAAAAUCAGAGUUGCGUUUUUGUGCAGAUCUUUUGGAGAUUCUUGUUGUGGGCAAAAAUGGCUAUGAUAUUUUAUAUCUUAUACAUAUUGUUUGUAUAUAGGCUUUUUUUAGGCUUAAAAACUGCUGGGGUUUUAUAGAAUUGUUGAUCAGUACCAUUGGCUUGUUUCAUUUAUGGAAACUACCCCAACACUUUUUCACCACACCUUGGUUUUGCUGUGAUAUAGUCCCGGUUUAAAAGGGCGCGGUGACGGCUGGAGAUGUGUUUUCUGUGUUAAGAGCGCGUUGGAGUCGCGCGUCAGCAGACGGAUGUCGCUUCUUCUUCCCACCUGAUUCGACCAGUGUGUUAGUCAAAUAAAAUGUGUAGGGCAGAAAUACGCUAUGCCAUUAAAAUGCCCCUACAGACGAGAGAACGAAAGGGGUGGGCGGGGGAUUGCAUGACAUGCCACUGAGUUACAGUGUCUUCAGUGAAGACUUGGUGAUAAGAUGAGCAUCCAGCCACGCAACUUUCCUUUCUGACAGCCGCAGCCUCUGGUUCUCUGUCGAGUGGAAAGCAACAGGAGGACGUUGAGACUGUGGUGCUGUGGCCACAAUGUCACAGCUGUAUUAUAAGAAAACUGGAAACUCCUCAUACAGGGACCGCAUCCCUCUGCGGAUCGUGCGGGCUGAGGCUGAGCUCUCUGCCCUGGAGAAGGCCUACCUGGGGGCUGUUGAGAAGGGGGACUAUGCCAGUGUGAAACAAGCCCUGGAGGAGGCUGAGAUCUACUUUAGGAUCAACAUCAACUGCAUCGACCCCCUGGGACGCACAGCCCUGCUCAUUGCCAUUGAAAAUGAGAACCUGGAGAUCAUCGAGCUUCUGCUCAGCUAUAAUGUUUAUGUGGGUGAUGCCCUGCUACAUGCCAUUCGCAAAGAAGUGGUGGGAGCCGUAGAGCUGCUGCUCAAUCACAAGAAACCCCGUGGAGAAAAACAGGUCCCACCGAUUCUACUGGACAAACAGUUCUCAGAUUUCACCCCGGACAUCACUCCAAUCAUCCUUGCCGCCCACACCAACAACUAUGAGAUCAUCAAACUGCUUGUGCAGCGAGGUGUCUCCGUACCUCAGCCACAUGCCGUGCGCUGCAACUGCGUUGAGUGUGUGUCCAGUUCAGACGUGGAUGGCUUGCGUCAUUCACGCUCUCGUCUCAACAUCUACAAGGCCCUCUCCAGCCCAUCUCUCAUCGCCCUCUCCAGCGAGGAUCCUUUCCUCACAGCUUUUCAACUCAGCUGGGAGCUGAAGGAGCUCAGCACAGUGGAGAAUGAGUUCAAGUCAGAAUAUGAGGAACUGUCCCGUAUGUGUAAACAAUUUGCAAAGGACCUCUUAGACCAGACCCGAAGCUCUAAAGAAUUGGAAAUAAUCCUCAACUACCGCGAUGACACCAACCCUCUGCUGGAUGAGAGUGCUAAUGAUCUGGCCCGACUGAAGCUAGCUAUCAAAUAUUGUCAGAAAGAGUUUGUUGCUCAGCCCAACUGUCAGCAGCUGCUGGCGUCUCGUUGGUAUGAUGAGUUCCCAGGCUGGAGGAGGCGUCACUGGGCAGGGAAGUUCAUCACAUGUAUCUUCAUUGGCCUCCUCUUUCCACUGUUGUCCAUGUUCUACCUGAUCUCUCCAAAGAGCCGUUAUGGGUUAUUCAUCCGUAAGCCCUUCAUCAAGUUCAUCUGUCACACUGCUUCCUAUCUGACCUUCCUCUUCCUGCUCCUCUUGGCCUCACAACAUAUAGCUGCUGCAGGAAACAACCUUCAGGGACCAGCACCCACCACUGUGGAAUGGAUGAUCCUGCCCUGGGUGCUUGGCUUCAUAUGGACAGAGAUCAAACAGAUGUGGGAUAGUGGUUUCCAAGACUACAUAGAUGACUGGUGGAACUUAAUGGACUUCAUAAUGAACUCCUUGUAUCUUGCCACCAUUUCCCUGAAGAUUGUUGCCUAUGCAAAGUACAGUGGGGAGAAAGCCAGAUCCUCCUGGGAAAUGUGGCACCCAACUUUGGUGGCAGAGGCAUUGUUUGCCAUCGCCAACAUCUUCAGCUCCUUGCGCCUCAUCUGUCUUUUCACUGCCAACUCCCAUCUGGGCCCCUUGCAGAUUUCACUGGGUCGUAUGCUCCUGGACAUCCUCAAGUUCCUCUUUAUCUACUGUUUAGUGCUGCUAGCCUUUGCCAAUGGUCUCAACCAGCUCUACUUUUACUAUGAGGAUGAGGAUGCGGGUAAAUUUUGCAAGGGUAUUCGUUGUAAUAGUCAAAACAACGCCUUCGUAACGCUAUUCGAGACACUGCAGUCAUUAUUUUGGUCUAUAUUUGGCCUGGUUUCCCUGUACGUGACCAAUGUGAAGCCAGACCAUGAAUUCACUGAGUUUGUGGGAUCUACCAUGUUUGGCACAUACAAUGUCAUCUCCUUAGUAGUUUUACUGAACAUGCUAAUUGCAAUGAUGAACAACUCCUACCAGCACAUUGCUGAUCACGCAGAUAUAGAGUGGAAAUUUGCUAGAACAAAAUUAUGGAUGAGCUACUUUGAAGAAGGGGGGACUUUACCAUCUCCAUUCAAUAUAAUACCCAGUCCAAAGUCAGUUUGUUAUCUGGUUGGAUGGAUAAAGAUUAAUAUGUUUAAGAGACCAAGCGUACAAAGGCUUGAAACCUUCGAAACCCUGGGGAGACGUGCAGCUGAAAAUGUGAGACUAAACCAUGAAUAUCAGGAGGUUUUGAGGAGCCUAGUAAAGCGGUAUGUGGCUGCAAUGAUUAGAGAUGCCAAGACAGGGGAAGGGUUGACAGAGGAGAAUUUCAAGGAGCUUAAGCAAGAUAUCUCAAGCUUCCGCUAUGAAGUCCUGGGAAUGAUGAAGGGUAAAUCUUAUGGUGGGAUAGCAGGUCAAGUUGCAAGCACCACCUUGGCUUACCCCGGAAACUCAUUCAAGUACUCUCCCAAAUUCUCUACUGAUGAACCACAACAGAAGCUGAACGUGUUUGGUGUGACUGCCACCGUGCAGAGUGGAGCUGCCAUCGCCUCCAACUCAGAGUGCUCCAACAGGCUAGCCAUUAGUCCAGUUGUCCUAGCCAGUGCAGAAAAGAGUCCAAACAAGCUAACCACGGAUGUCUCAGAAGCUGGCUUCCUCCAAAGACAGAGCAGACCCCCCUCUCAGAAAUGUGAUGAAAUAUAUUCAUUGUCAGAGGAUGAUACUUUAGAAUCUGGUGGACAAAACCAAGAAUUUCAGACUGAGAAGGUGAUAGUGGAAGUCGUACAGAAAGUGGUGAAGGACAUUCAGGAGAUUGAACAUUCAUGCAAACAGCACACCACGGAAGUUGACAAUGGGCCAAAAAAAUAUAAAAAUUAAUCUGCAUCUACAAAUACAGUCAGAGAUGUUAAUCAUGUUAAUUCUUAAUUAAAUUGUUCAACUUUCAUUUAUAUACCAGUUGUAAAGUAUCUUAUCAUGUAUAUAAUAAUACAAUAAUAUCAUGUUACAGUAGCUCACACUAUAUUUCAUGCAUCCAGCCCUGAUCAAUAGAAGGCAAACAACAAUGCUGAGUGAGGAUUUACCUCAGUGAGUGCUGACUUGAUGCUCAGGGAAUAAUGAAACAAGUUAGUAAUUCAUUUUUCACCUGGAGCUAUUAAUUCCAAAGAGCCCUGACAUCCUGCUGCCUAUCCUUUACUCUUCCACCUUGUACUGUAAUGUUAACAGUAAUAUGCAAAAAAAUACUGUACCUUAUUUAUCUAUAGAAAAAGUAUUAUUCCUCAUAUGCUGACAGUAUCCAGUCCUUUUUGAUAAAAUUGUUUUUAAUGCUAUAGCACUAGAGAUUCACUGCAAAUGAAAAGUCCAGUACAAAUUAAAUGAGUUGUUAUUAUUAUUAAACAGGCAGAAAUAAUCAACAAAAUUAACAGAGUACACGCAUUUAUUUGUAUAUAACAUCUGACCAAGUUAAUUCUUAAUUAAUUACCAUGAUAUUAAUAAUAAUAUUGACAUAUUUGGAUAAAUUAUGCAGUUGAUUAACAAGGAAUGUAGCACCUGCAGUAGUCAAUACAGAUUUGAAUGACAGAUUUUUAACACAGCUUUUCUUCUUCCACUGUUACCUUACUGUGCUGUUCAGGGUCAGAUCAAAGGUUAAUUACUAAUUCUGUUGCAGAAGAAGCAUGUUGUUACAGGUUGCAAGAAUGUUACAGGAAUUAUUCCUCAACCAAAUGUGCUUGUAUUAGCCACUUUGCAAACGUAAAGGCCUUCCAGAAAUUGGAAACAAAAAUUGUGUGUUACUGUUUUUUUUGUGACAUGUAUAGAAAAUCCUCUGUGAUUAAAU